AUGACAGAACACAAACGAACAGAAUCGAAACUAAGUGAAACAUUUCUUGCUUUUGAAAAAAAAUUAGGAUUUCAAAAUGAUGUUAAGUGGACAACAGCUAUUGCUUUAGUAUUAUAUCACUUGGUUGCGAUAUAUUGGUGUUAUAAUUAUGCUUUUCCAGUCAAAUGGCAAACUGUUUUAUUUGCGGUGUGUAUGUAUGUGUUUACGGGUUUUGGAAUCACUGGUGGAGCGCAUAGAUUAUGGACACAUAAGGCUUAUAAAGCAAAACUACCAGUGAAGAUAUUAUUGCUUCUUGCAUUUGCAGCCGCUGGCCAAAACUCCUUAGAACAAUGGGUGCGAGAUCACCGAGUUCAUCACAAAUACAGUGACACGGACGCAGAUCCCCACAAUGCAAACCGAGGCUUAUUCUUCUCACAUAUCGGCUGGCUGAUGUUGAAAAAAAACGACCAAGUCAUUUUACGUGGAAAGCAGCUGGAUAUGAGCGAUAUUACCGGUGAUCCUUUGUUGCGGUUUUAUAAUAGAUAUUUCUCGUACUUAAAAUUAUUAAUGUGCUUCAUCCUACCUAUUACAAUAUCAUUAUACUUUUGGGAUGAAAGUUGGCGAUGUGCUAUAGCGUGGCAGUGGUUCUUGCGGUUCCUUGGAAUGUUUCACAGUGAACUGACUGUCAACAGCCUGGCGCACACUUAUGGAUAUAAGACUUAUAAUAAAAAUAUAAUUCCACGUGAGAAUCGCUUUGUGGCAACAGUAACAUUAGGCGAGGGCUGGCACAACUAUCACCACGUCUUCCCUUUCGACUACAAAGCAGCAGAGCAUUUCGAUUUCUUUAACUUUACGUCAUUCUUCAUUCGAUGUUUCUAUAAAAUGGGUCUAGUCUAUGAUUUGAAAGAAGCCACCCCUGAUAUGAUCAAUGCCACAGCCAAGAGAUUAGGGGAUGGGACACCAGUACAUUUCCCAAUUUACGAAAAUAGUUAA